AUGUGGAAAUUUAUUUUUAUUCAAGUUCUUUUCACUUUGCUAACGACGACAACUAUCGUCAUUAGUCAAGAUAAAUAUGAGGAGAAUCCAGAUGCUCUAAUAGUGAAUGACAAUCAACCGAAUAAAACAAAUAUCAAAUGUCCACAUCAUCAAUGCUAUCAAAGAUGGGAAGUCAAUUCCGAUGGUCGUUCGGUGCAACAUACUGCUGGUUGUUUACUGAAUGAUUAUUUCUUUCUUCGAGUGAUAUGCGGAACGAAUGAAACGAAUCGCUUUGUGAUUUGUUGUGCAGACAGAAAUUUCUGCAAUGAUCGCGAUCCGAAUUCGCCAGAUCUACUUCGACGAUUGUCACUACCAUUGUCUGAACCGCCGCAUAAACCGAAAAGUCCAAUUUCGAUAUUAAUUGUCAUUAUCGUGGUUUUUGCUAUUGUCGCAUUGACUAUCGUCUUUGCUGGCAUAUUCAUUUAUAUAAAGCACAAGAACUGGCAAAAACGACGACCGGAUUAUCCGAAAACAAAUUGUUAUCCUAAUGAGCAUGAUAAACAAAAUAUCUUCUACCGCUCCUUGAAAUAUUUCAAAUGCUUGGGACAAAUACGAGAAAAUACCGAUGAAACGAUUCCAAAGAAUCCAGAAUUUACUGGUUUACUAGAAGAAUAUUCGACAAGUACAACAGGACAAGCUUUACCAGUAUUGAUGCAGCGAACACUUGCCAGGCAAAUAGCUCUAGGCGAUCGAAUCGGUGCAGGUCGUUACGGAGAUGUUUAUCAAGGAAAAUGGCGUGAAGAUCACGUUGCUGUUAAGAUCUUUUCUACCAAUGAUGAGCGUUCAUGGUUUCGAGAAAUUGAUAUUUAUCAAACUGUUUGCUUAAGACAUGAAAAUAUUCUUGGAUACAUUGCUGCCGAUAAUAUGGACGCAUCGACCUAUACACAGCUUUGGCUUGUCACGGAAUAUCACGAAAACGGUUCGGUUUAUGACUAUCUAAUGAACCAUACAAUAUCCAUACCAAUUUUAUUGAAAAUGAUGUUAAGCAUUGCAAGUGGUCUGUGUCAUUUACAUUUACCUAUUGAUUCGACCAAUGGAAAAGUUGCUCUGGCUCAUCGAGAUCUGAAAACCAAAAAUAUCUUAGUGAAAAAGGACCUAUCGUGCUGCAUUGCGGAUUUAGGUCUUGCAGUAAAGGAAGUGCGAUCGAAGCCAAAAUCUCGCAAAGAUUUAUUACUUGCUGAUCCGUCAAAACAAGAGCAGGUUGUUAUCGAUAUUCAAGCAAAUAGUCGAGUGGGAACAUUACGUUACAUGGCACCAGAAGUUCUCGAGGGAACUUUGAAUGAACAAAGCUUUGAAUCAUUCAAAGCGGCAGAUAUCUAUGCACUGGGUCUUGUUUACUGGGAAAUGUUACGUCGAUGUCGAUUAAGUGCGACAGAAAAUGAUGCGGACAGCUAUCAAGUACCUUAUGAAGAUAUUCUACCAAAUAAUCCGACAACAGAACAAAUGCGUGAGGUUGUGUGUACGAAAAAGAUUCGGCCACCACCAUCAGCACGAUGGCAAACACAUUCGGUCCUUUCUCCGUUAUUUCAACUCUGUGAAGAACUAUGGAUCGCAGAUCCGGCAUGUCGCUUACAAAGUUUAAACAUUAAAAGACAACUGAAAGCCAAAUUAGAAUCAUUAGAGAGUGAUUUGUCGAAUAUCAAUAUCGAAUCCCAGCAACAAGCGAUGCCAAAUGAUGGUCCGUGGACUGCUUAG